AUGAAUCUGUUGGGCGUCAAUCUCCUCUUCGCCGCCUUCAGUAUGUCUUUGGCCAUCAUCUUCACCGCACUGCCUAACUGGUACCCGGGCUGGCACGCGUGUGCCGUGUAUCAUUACAUGAUACUCCCGUUAAGCUCCUGCCAAUUAUGGUCGCAGACGCUGGUGACCGUUAUUCGCAUCUGGGCGGUCUUCCAUCCCUUCUCCUACCGGACCAUCCAUAGUUACCGUAUCGCCGUGGCCACGUGCAGCACUGUAUGGGUGACUACACACCUGGUGGGCCUGCCGAUUUUCAUCCUGGAUGCCGUCUGGUACCGUACACCGGCGCCGUACCACUGCACGCUGUUCCAGCAUGUCCAACCGGUGACUACCGUCGUGUUCGAGCUAAUCAUGAUCGAUCUGACUGUCGUCGUCCUACUGGUAGCGUAUCCGCUGCUUUUUUGGAAAUUGUGGCGGCGGAUGCGCAAGCGUGCCAAGACGAGCAUGCCGAAGCGCAUGGACGUUAACGCCGUUGUAAGGACUGAUAAUAGUGGACCAGUGGAAACGAGUGAGGGGUCAUCUGCGGCGCGCCUCAUGAGAGAGCGGAACGAAUCAUGCAAAGCCAUCUUCAUGCUGUCCAUGAUGACUGUUAGCACAUCGGUAUUCUACGCGCCGUUUCUGUCGCUUGUGUCGGCCCAGCCGUGGAUUGUGGAUACAAUUCCGACCAUCAGCCAUGUGGUUCCAAAUCACGUCCAUCACGUAUCUUAUCAAGUCGCUACUCGACCCUGUUUUCUUCAUUACUGGAUUCGAAAAUCUGCGGGACAGUCUGAAAAGAAUCAUUAA